ACGUUUUCAAUUUGUUCGUCUGCUUUUUGUUGCGCACGUGUGUCUAUCGCGGCCGACUGCUCACACUUCAAACUAGUGUUGUGAUAAAAAAAUGCCACCGAGAAAAAGACAGAAAACAGAUUCUAGUGAUGAAAAGCAGACUGCAAGAAAGGUGAAACAGAAAAAGAGCAAAGAUGUGAUUGUGAAAAACAGCAAGAGUAAUAAGACAGCAUCCAAAAGUUCUACUCCUAGUAGCAGUGGAGCAAGUAGUGGUGCAACCACAUACAUCAGAUGGCUGAUGAAAUCAGAACCAGAGAGCCGCAUUGAGAAGGGCGUGGAUGUCAAAUUUGGACUUGAAGACCUGAAGAAGGAGCCCAAUCAGACGGCAUGUUGGGAUGGAGUCAGGAAUUAUCAAGCCCGGAACUUCCUUCGUGAUCAGAUGAAAGUCGGGCACCAGGCUUUUUUCUAUCACAGUAAUACCAAAGUACCAGGGAUUGCCGGUAUUGUAGAGAUCACACAAGACGGUUAUGUGGACCACACCCAGUUUGAUAAGAAGGACCCACACUAUGACAGCUCUAGCAAAAAAGACAACCCUCGCUGGUUCAUGGUGGAUGUCAAAUAUGUACGCGACACGAAACGCUACAUCUCACUGGCAGAACUCAAGGGACUGUAUCAGAAACAUUCAAAAAGCAAGGGACCCUUGAGAAAUCUUGCUCUGUUCACACGAGCAAGACUGUCAGUACAGCCACUUACAGAAGAGGAGUUUGACUUCAUCCUGAGCCUUGAGGAAGAACCUGGACCAUGAAUGACACGCCCUCGCCAAAAUCAGGUACUUCUUGUGAAAUGGCAUACAAGUGAAGUCAUCUGAAACAAUUUAUGUUGAGAUAUACUUAUGUUUUAAAUAGAAUCUAACUUUUUGGAAGCUCAUUGAUAGUUUAUCCCGCCAAAUGACAGAGAUCUAUUUUUAGAUGUUAUAUAAAACAAAUAUUAUGUGCGAUGGAGAAACUAUCUUCAUUUGAUCGUUAAAGACCAAUGUGGAUGAAAUCGAAAGGUCAGACAGUAGGAGGGUUGACUUUGUACUGUGUAGACCAUUAACAAUGGAUGUAGAUCUUGAAUCACACUGAUUAUGGCAUUGGUUAUUCCAAGGAUUUGUCUUUAAUUUGUCUUUUUUAUAAAAGUUGUGAUUUUGUUUCUAUACUUCCUGCCGAACCCAAGAAGUUUACAAACACUGUAUAUUUUUGUAUACGACUACUUCAAUAAAAACACUUUUGUACGCAUAAUGUGUAAAAUCUUAUUAGUUUAUUACAAUCCUUCUUCAUAGCAGUACUACAGUAUACAAGAACUCAUUGCACAUAUCAGUGAAUUGAGUUUGUUUUAUAGGGAUGAGAAAUUUCAGACUUUUAUCUAAACUCAGACUUUUUCAAAUCUAUCAAAAUACUCCACUCUAUGGUAACUCAACACCAAAAUGGCCUCAUGCUAAGAGUUGGUGGUUUUGGGUACAGUAC